UUCAUACAUGUAUGUAUAUAGAAAUUAUUGAUUUGUAUUAUUCUACUAUACCAACAUUCAAAAUAUGUUCUUUCGAAAGGUUUCCGAAUUGGAUAGAGUUUUUUAUGUUUAUACCUGAGAAAUGACACAAAUGUAAUCUAACCUGAUCGAUUUACUUGAACGACUUUUUUAAAUUUUACAACCUUACAUGUUUACUGCGCAGUUUGCAAUGUGAAAAAAGAUGGCCGACGAAGCUCAAACGAUACGUCGAAAUGAAUCUGUUCGUGCACUGUGUGGUGGUUCAGUGGUAGACAAAUUUAUUCGUCCAACAUUAGCCGAGUUUUUAGGGACCGCAUUUCUGGUAUUCCUCUUGUGUUCUUGUGGUCCUAUCUACCUUUUUCACGGCGAAAUUUAUGAUCGCAGCAUUACAUUAAAUGACAAUUUAUUUUCGGCACUAGUGUAUGGAUUUGGUUAUGUAUUCUUGAUUUAUGCAUUCGGUGAUAUCAGCGGCGGAUAUUUUAACCCAGUCAUAACAUUCGCUCUGACUUUGAAUGGUGCGCUACCAGUGCUUGUUGCAGUAUGCUUUUUCAUUGCUCAGAUUGGGGGAGGUCUCUUGGGAGCAGCUUUGGCCCUUGCUGCUGUUCCGACGAAUAAAUACACACAAUUCAUCGGUGGAGCAACAAUGCUUAUAAAUGAGACAGAACCUGGCUGGGCAGUUCUGAUAGAGGGCAUCCUUACGUUUAUAGUAACUUUGACUGUUUGUAUCACAGCGCUGGAUAAAACGAAGAAAAAAAUGUCACCAUUAGCUGUUGGAUUCUCGGUCAUUGCUUGUGCUAUGUCUGGGGCGCAAUAUACUGGUGGAUCUAUGAAUCCGGCAAGAAGUUUAGGACCGGCUGCAUCCUACUCCAAAUAUCUGGAAUUUAAUGUGUGGGAACAUCACUAUGUAUACUGGGCGGGGCCAACCGCGGGGGCAUUGGUAGCAGCUAUUAUUUACAGGUUGGAGAUUAUUUGCAUUGCAAAUACAUGUACACAUUUUUGUUUGCAAAGAGAAGGACACCAGAUUAUACGACCUUUACGAAUUUCGAGGGACACUCGGCACACAGCAAUGACAUUCCCAUACAAUGAAGUUAAAAUUCAAAGAAUCAACCCUGAUUUUAGAAAGUCAAAUAAAAACAUAUGAUUUAUAUGUAUGAAUUUCCGUAAACAUAUAAAAGAAGAAGGUAUGGUUU